ACAUAAAAAUCACAUCUCCUCCUUUCUCUCCCUUGCUUUUUUGCUGGAUUUGCAACCAUUUUUUUCUCGCUCUCAUCUGGGUUUUAAAAUUUUCAAGGUAAUUUCUUUGUUUUUUUCUGGGUUAUAAAAUCUUUUUGGGGGGUUUCUUUUGAUCUUUAGGGGAAAUUAUAAUUUUGUAGUUGAAAGAUGGAGAGGGAUUUCAUGGGCUUGAAUUCUAAAGAUUCAGUGGUCGUCGUCAAGGAAGAAGCUGUUGAAGGAUGUAAAGAAUCAGUGUAUACAAAGAGCUCUGCAAUCCACUGGCCUCUGCCAGAUGGUUUUGAAGGGUCUAAAAACCGCCAAUCUGGUGAAAAUCAGAAAAGCAUUGGUCUUAACAGGCAAGGUGGUACUCAUUUUUCAAUGGCUGCUUAUCCCAUGCAACAGUGUGCUUUUCCUUUGCAACUUCACAACGAUACUAAGCAAGCAGUUCCUAUUGCGAUGAGUCCUUUCUUCAGGGCUCAGUUUGGUGGUGCUCCCAUUAAGCAACAUGCCAUUCUUCCAUCUGCCGGUUCCUUUCUUGCUGGAACCACCGAACCAUGGUAUAGUACAAAGGCUUCUUGUGCUCCUGCUCAACUGACCAUCUUUUAUGGGGGCAUGGUGAACGUGUACGAUGAUAUCUCUGCCGAGAAGGCUCAAGCUAUCAUGUUCUUGGCUGGAAAUGGGGCGUCUGUGAGCACGCCUCAGCCGAGGGUGCAAGCUCAGGCACCCAUUCCAAGAACACCAGCAGGAGAUGCGGUUUACGUGAGCGAACCAAUCAACAUGCAACCCUGCUCAGCACUCUCGAGCCCAAUGUCUGUGUCUUCACACCCUGUUGGUCAAUCGACCGCUGUACCCACUAACAAAGAUGAAGCUGCUAAAACAGUCGGAGGCUCAGUGACCCCUAUUAGCAAAGUGGAUACUCCACGAGUCAUCAAUUCACUUGAGCAAGUGAUGCAAUCAGCUGUUCCUCAAGCUCGCAAAGCAUCCUUGGCUCGGUUUCUUGAGAAGCGUAAGGAAAGAGUGAUGGCUUCGGCUCCUUACAGCAUGAGCAAAAGCAGCUCGGAAUGCAGUGCGAAUCCUGGAGCAAGCUGCAGUGCAAAUGUUGUUAGCAGCAGCUAGAAAGAGAAUAGGUUUGGUUGGAAUCUUAUGUAACAAUGUUAAAAAAAAGGUUGUGUAAGUUAUGUUGAUUAGGUUGUUUCUCUAAAUUCAAUCAAGACCCGAUUUGGGAUGUUUUGUAAAACCACAUUGAUCGAUAUAUAGUGAUCGAAGACUUCUCUGUAACGUGUCUUAUUAUUAUGAUAAGGCGGAGAUGAAAUAUUUUGAAGUGGUGAUCGAUUGUUUUAUGUUCA